GAUCGGAAGUGUAGCACAUACAGACAUUGAGCGUGUUACACCCGGUCCUGAAUGUUGCAUGCUGAAAACAACCGCUGAAAACUGGUCUAAAACUCGGGGAAAACACUCAAUCAUGGACGAAGAUGAUAGAAAACCAGACCGAAGGAGAAGGAGUCGCAGUCGAGAUCGUGACCGAGACAGAGAUAGGAGAAGCAGAAGCAAAGAUAAAAGAAGUCGAAGCAGAGAAAGGAGGAGAAGGAGUAGAAGCAAAAGUAGGUCACGGUCAGGGAGCAGAGAUAGAGACAGGGACAGAAGAGAUAGGCGGCGGAGGAGUCGUUCACCUCGUGAAAGGAAGAGGAGAAGGAAGCCUAACAAGUAUUGGGAUGUGCCACCAGCAGGAUUUGAACAUGUUUCUCCAAUGCAGUACAAAGCCAUGCAAGCUGGUCAGAUCCCCCCUGCAGUUGCACCCCAGCCCAUUAUCCCCGAGGCUCCCAUGCCCGCAGCCAUCCCUCCAGCAGCAGCAGCAUCUGUGGCGGCUGCAGUGGCGGCGGCUACACCUGCUGUCCCCGUAGUGGGCAGUCAGAUGACCAGACAAGCUAGGAGGCUGUAUGUUGGAAACAUUCCGUUUGGUGUCACAGAGCCAAUAGGAGUGUCUGUUAUCUUGCAGGAUGCUAUGGUGGAUUUCUUCAAUGCUAAGAUGCACAGUGCUGGGCUAUCACAAGCACCGGGACCACCGGUCCUCGCUGUGCAGGUCAACCACGAUAAAAACUUUGCUUUCCUUGAGUUCCGUUCCGUGGAAGAGACUACCCAGGCGAUGGCCUUUGAUGGGAUCCUAUUCCAGAACCAAGCCUUGAAGAUCCGUCGACCCAAAGACUACCAGGCCAUCCCAGGCAUGUCGGCUACACCUACUGUACAUGUACCUGGUGUUGUGUCUACUGUUGUCCAGGAUUCGCCAAACAAGAUCUUCAUUGGAGGUUUACCAAACUACUUGAACGAUGACCAGGUCAAGGAACUUUUAUCCUCCUUCGGUCCUCUGAAAGCCUUCAACUUGGUGAAAGACAGUGCGACAUCGCUCUCUAAGGGAUAUGCAUUCUGCGAAUACGUCGAUACUGACCGCACCGAGUUGGCUAUUGCUGGACUGAAUGGUAUGCAGCUUGGUGAAAAGAAGUUGAUUGUUCAGAGAGCCAGCGUUGGUGCCAAGAAUGCAAUGAACCAGGGUCAACAAGUCCAGAUCAACAUUCCUGGUUUAUCGCUACCUGGUACUACAGGACCAAACACAGAGAUCCUCUGCCUCAUGAACAUGGUCACUCCAGACGAACUCAAAGAUGAGGACGAAUAUGACGAUAUUGUGCAAGAUGUGAGGGAGGAAUGCCAGAAGUAUGGCCAAGUUCGCAGUCUUGAGAUCCCACGUCCCAUUAAUGGCUUAGAUAUCCCCGGUUGCGGAAAGAUCUUUGUUGAAUUCAUGACUGUUAUGGAUGCCCAGGCGGCUCAGAGAGCCCUCGCCGGUCGGAAGUUUGCCAACCGCACCGUUGUAACGUCCUUCUAUGACAACGAUAAGUACCACAGAAGAGAAUUUUAAGAUUUGUUUUUACACGCUGGAUCACUCGAUGAAUGUAAUACUCAAUUAUUGGAUGAGCACACAUCAUCGGACAACUAAUUUGUAUUUAUUGUUAAGUACCUGUGCAGUACACAAAUUUCAGUGUAGAGGCCUGUUUGGUGACCCUUUUCAAUUUUUUUCAUUGAUACAAGUAGGGGUUUUAAAGCUGUAGCAAAAUAUAAAUGGAUAUAACCAUGAUACUGUAAACUUUCACACCUUUUCUGUAGAAUUUCAUCAUUAUGUUUAAUAAACACUGGAUGCAUACUUCUUGUCAAUAUUGUAGUUCAUACAUGUAUUCUGUAAUACGUACAUUGUAUUGCAUAUUACUUCAUAAACUUUGAUGUGAAAUAUUAAUCAGUCAUUUGCAAGCAUUACUAACCGAAGGCUUUGAUCGAAUUAUCAAAUGCAACCAAACACGAAGGUGGCAUUCAUUGCUUUUUUAUGGCAGGGGACAAUUUUGUCAACAAUGUAGCUUUACUUUGUCUGGAAUAUUUAUUGCACGCUUUAUUCCUUGAAAACUACAUAUUGUUUGCUAUUCACUGAUUGCAAUGUUAACGGUAUUAGGCUAUUUACUUUUAGGUGGAAUUCACAGUGAAUUAUGAUGUACAUAUUGGAGGUGGUUUUCAAUACCCAAUGUUGCAAUGGAAUGUUCAAAUGUCUCAGUUCUCAAAUGAAAUAACUUAUAGCAUUUUUCACUUAACCCUUAUUAAACUGGGGGGGGGGGGGGUCAAUUUGACCCCCCCCCCUCGACAUUCACUUAAACCGUUUAUAUACUAGUAGUAGAAUGUGGUAAAAUCGUGAGAUCUUAUUUCCACUAUUUGCAGUGAAAUCCUACAUUUCAAACAUCAAUUUUGUUGGAUAAGAAGUGGAAUAUCCCUAAUUUUAAUCAUUAGACCUUAUAUUUAUUCUUGAAGCUUGUGAGGUUGCAUUGUUUUAUCAAUCAAAUUUGCAUUGUGAGUAGGGUUUUUGAAGUUUGAACAAGGGCUACAGUAUUUUUCACCUUUCACAUUGCAUGAAAAAUAUCAUUGUAAUUUCCUAUUUUUUAUGUUGCUGAGACAGAAAUAUUGAUUUUUUGAACCAGUUUGGAACGUGAAUGAUUAAUGAUUAGCUCUUAAAUCAAUAAAUGAUUAAUUUUUUUAUCAUUGAUCUUUAAUAAUCUCUCUGAUACACCAUAGCUAAUGAUUAAGUACUUUCCUGCGUCCACCUUACUCACAUAUUAAUAUAUUGAUUGCGCAAUUUGUUGACCUGUCACUACUAAGCACUCAUUGCAGUUGCUCUAGAAACUUGAACAAAAGAAAUUUCAUAUCUACUAUUUUACAUGAUUUAUUUGCGGUUUCUUCUUUUACCUGCUUAAUUUAUCUCAUAUCACUCAGAGGUUUGAUAGGAAUGUUAUCUAUUUUCUCUAAUCCAGAGGUUUUUUUUCGUUCUAAAAUAUCUAUUUUAUUCCCCUUCCCAAUGGUUGAAGGAGAUACAGGAAGCUGCGUACGGUUGGGCGAAGGUUUAUGCACUACAGAUCUCUGGGAUCCAAUUACUUUCUCAGUUUCUUUUGAAUGCUUCACAUAACUGUUGCUCUUCGAGUAAAAACGUGCAAGACAUAUUAUUUUAGUUUGUUCGAACCAUAUUGCUACAUGAAUGGGAAUGGCAUAUUAUGUUAUUGCCAUUACAUGUACAUUCCUUAGCAAAGGUGUUUGCGAUUAAUCACUUUCAGUGAUAUUUUAUAGUAAUUACUAGGUAUUCCCAUGAGUACUUGUAUAUUACCCAGGCUUUGUCUGCAUGCCAUUCACCAAAAUACUGUUUUCUGGGAUAUUUUUUCAGGUUUCAUUUUCACCAAACAAUGAGAUUAAGCAUUACAUAACGAACGUUCUGUUUGAAAAAAGGUAAUGAUGAUUAUGUGAAUUUGUGUCCAAGCUUCGCCCCUGAGGAAUUAGUACUGGAAGAACAAAUUAUUAUGUACAAUGGAUUGCAAAUAUUUAAAUGUGGCCUACUUCAGACAACAAAUUUUGGCUUAAAUCUGUGAAUGAUAGUUUCUUGUAAGUUUACCUAGGUCACAUUUGCUCUACGGCGGCCGUACGGCGAGUCGAAGACGGCCGUUUUAUUCAUUUUUAUUCAAACCAAAUUUAUCUGGUACAAAAAAUGUUAAAACGGCUAUUUUCGACUCGCCGUACGGCCACCGUAGAACAAAUGUGACCAAGGUAUUACAGGCCCCAGAAGUUCACUGAAUAAGAUGCAAUUCUCACAAUGCUAAUUGAAGUAAAAAUCAUAUGUUUGCUCAUUCAAAAUUAAUUCACCCAUUUGUCAAGAUGUAAUGUUGAAAGCAAGAAGCUGCAUGUUUCUGCAAAGUUUAUGUAUGCCUAAAAUAAAUUUCUGUAAUUUUUGUAUUUGUCUCAUUCAACAUAUUUUGAUUUGUUCUUGAGUGGUUUCUAUUACUGAAUGUUUUUUCCAAAUAAAUGCUUUGUAGUCCAAUGCA